AUGGAUAAAAUUAUUUUUGAUCAGACUACUGUAGAGGAAAUGACAGCUAUAUUAACAGUGUUACAGCAACAAUAUGGCGAAUUAAAAUUUUUCUCGUCUCAAGCUUUGCAGGAAAACUCAUGUUUUAUCAUUGACGAAAUAUUAAGAAUAAUUACUUCCUUUUUGAGAAACCAAAUUGGAAUGUAUGAUAUUAAGAUAUUCAGCCAAAGAAAAUCUAAUUAUUUGCCAACCUUCGCCAAAUGUUAUAAUUAUUUGUUAUUGAAUACGAAUUUUACCUCACAGUCUCUUCUUAAACACGACUUGCUAUUUGGCCACGCAGUCGGCAUCUGGCCUACUCUAUCACCUUAUCUGUUCAUACAGAUAAUAUGGCACUCUAAAUGCGAGGAUUUGCUGAUUGAAUCGCUCAUGCACAUACCAUUAGAUCUAUGCGUAGAGAUCUUGGACAUAACGUUUAAACACAUAUCCAAACUGAUAGUCACACGAGCUAAACGAUUUAUUUUCCAUUUAACUUACAAAUUAUAUAAUAAAUGUCUAUGGUUGCACUUAGGCACUAUAUCAGCAGAAAAUGUGACAAAAUACGUACAACAUGGUAUUUUAGUGAAGAACAUACUUUAUUGUAUCAAGAUGUGCAUGUAUAGCAAAAUUAAAAAUUACUUAGAAAAUUAUAAUUUAACAAGAUUUUUCAAGCUUACAUAUGGUAACUACUACAAUAAUUAUGCAAAGUAUUAUCAAACGUUUCCUGCCAGCAAGAUAAAAUCUAUUAUAGAAAGAUUAGAUCAUAAAUUGGCCACUGUACUUCUGAACCAAAUCAGGCGCGUUGACUGUUUCGAAUAUAGAGUUUGGAAGUCUUUCUAUGCUAAUGAAAUCACUGUAACCUCUCUACAUCGUUCUAUCAUCAUAGACUGUCACAAUCUUAGAGAAUUUAUGAAACAGAAUGAUUUUUUGGUAAAAAACGAGCAAACAUACCUUUGCCUGAAGCAACUUAUAGAUUCAAGAAAAUCUGAAGAGUAUAUUUUAACGAUUCAAGAACUCUGUCAUAGUAUCACUGAAGGCAAACUACAUGGUAUGAAGGAAUUAAUUAUGCGCUAUGAAGAGUGGGACCUGUGUACAUUAGAUUUUAUCAGACAAAAGAGAAACUUAUUAAGAUUUAAUGACUUCUACGUUAUACUUGAAUAUCUUUAUUAUAAAUUCGCAUAUUUACAUACUAAAGCAAAAAAGUAUCAAGUGUAUGUAUCGGUAUUGAAAAUAUUGAAUUAUCUAAAAGAACAGGAUUUGCACUUCGUUAUAUUAAAAUAUAUGAAGCAACACUUUGAUGACAAUUGUCUAGAGGAUCUAUAUAAUGAAAAGUCCUUUGACGCAUUUAUAUGGCGAAAUUUAUUUAUUGAAAAAUUCAAUGACUCACAAUCAAUGAGGAAUGCUAUCGCUCAGAGAUGUCGUUCUUUCUUAACUUUUAUUCUGUUAAAUCCAAAAGCAGUAUUAAGCAAAUUGAUAUUUUAUGAGCUAGAUAAAAUUGAAUCUUCUGACAGUAUUUUGUUCCAACACAAUAUGAUUGCAUUUUUUUUACGAAACUAUUACAGUCUGAAAAAGGGUCAAUGUAACGUACUAACAUAUAUUUUGAAACAUAUGAUUUUAAAGCAAGGCAUGGACUGGCAUAUAAAUUACAAGACAUUUAUAACGAAAGUGUUGGAUUAUCAGAUGAUGACUGCAGAUGAUGUAAUAAACGAACUUUAUAUUCCAUAUUUAAUAAGUGAUUAUAUUGAAGAGGUCAGCAUGGAUAAUGACCAGUUCCGUGUGGAGCCGCUUGAUAUAACGAAAGCAUGGCGUCAAAUGAAUGCACUAAAUAUAAUUCGGGAAUACGAGAAACGUUAUAUUGUUGUAUAUCGACAACUGCGCGUAGAUUCACGAUGCCAUCCCGAGUUGCGCAAGUAUGUGCAAUCUUUUAGCCUCGAUCGAGAAGUUUUUAUACGUCAUAUGAUAUUGCAUUGCAUCGGGGAGGAAUAUGCGACAUUUAUGUGCGACUUGAUAGUCAAAUUCUGGUAUUACCUUGGUUGGACUGACGAAAUGAUGGCAUACGAAAACAUAAUGCGCAUCACCAUCGAUGUGUCGCAAAUCGCUUUGACGUAUAUGGAAAUGUUUCCUAAAGACACUUUUAUAAUGCUACUAUUUGCAAUCGUGCACUUGAGCAGGAACAUCGCAAAAAAUUUGCCACUCGACAAAUAUAAAGCAAUCCGACGUAUCCUGUUGAAAACUUUCUCCUCCAUGAGUCAUAUGGCCAACAGAACGCAAUAUAGAGAUUCGUACAACGAUCUGCUCAAAUAUAUUCAAGAAGUAGACCCAUAUAUGAGCAGACAAAACUACUUCAAAACGAUCUUCCAUAAGAUUAUUACGUUCUUAGAAAUAUGCGAACCUUUAGAAUCGUGUUUAUAUGAAAACUGCAUUUGUGAUCACAGUUCGAAUUGCAAACAUCAUAAUUUACUUAUUAAUGAUAAAAUUGAAAAGAUGUACGAUUCUUAUUUAUUCAUCCGCGAAUGCAACAAGUUAUCCAACAUCAAACAUGCACACCGUUAUUCUGAUUACUUAGUGGACAAGAUUGGACUUGAUUUGUUAGAAUAGAUUGGCUUUGACAAAACGUGAAAACAAAUUUUCAUAUUGUCUCUUUUGGAAUAAUUUCAUAGAACAAUACUGUUUUUUCAAAAUA